CACAAGUUGGUUCGAUCGUAUUGGCGCGCUUUGUGGCUCUCGAAUUCACGGUUGUGCGGUCGGUCGCUGAAAUAAUGUGAAUGAAAGGUGGCUGGACUUACGUCUUCACUGCUGCUGCUGUUUACGUAGGUGUUAAACUCAAAAAGAUUACGCUGCACUUGAGAGUGAAAUUCCCGAAUAUGUUCUUUAGAAACGUUGUGUGCUUGCUCAUUGGCUUGAUUGUUGGCGUACGUCUCACGGACUUCUGGGAUUACGUCAAGCUGCAGCAGUUGAGCAACAAUGCGCGGCUGAAUUACACAAAUUCCACACAGUCGCUGACGCAGACGUCGGCGCAGGAUGCCGAAGCACUUCCGGAGUUUUUGUUCAAUAAUACCCGUGUGCUGUGCUGGAUUAUGACCAUGCCGGAGAACCAUUUGAAGCGUGCAGUGCAUAUAAGAAACACGUGGGGUAAACGCUGCAAUAAAUUGCUCUUCAUGAGCACCAAAGCGGAUAGUUUCUUGGAUAGUGUGGUCUUGGAUGUGCCCGAGGGUCGUGAUUAUUUGUGGUACAAGACACGCGCAGCCUUCAAGUAUAUUUACGAACAUCAUGCCGAUGAGGCGGAUUGGUUUCUCAAAGCCGACGAUGAUAGUUACUUUAUUAUGGAGAAUUUGCGUGCGUUCCUAUAUCAGUUUUCUCCAGAUGCUCCGGUCUAUUUCGGCUGUAAAUUUCAUCCAUUUGUUAAGCAGGGUUACAUGUCUGGUGGUGCCGGUUACGUGCUCAGCCGUGCCGCGUUGCGUCGCUUCGCCGAGGUAGUUGCCGCCAACAGCACGGCGUGCUCGCAAAAUCAACUCUCCGAGGACAAAGAGAUGGGCAUUUGUUUGCAGAAUGCUGGCGUUGUGGCGGGCGAUGCGCGCGACGAUGAGGGCGCCGAACGCUUCCAUCCAUUGGCGCCGAUACAUCUGAUACCUGUCGAUACGUCGGAAUGGUAUCCAUUAUACCUGUUCUACAAACGCGAUAAGAAUUUGCAGUGUUGCUCGCGCAGCGCCAUUUCCUUUCAUUACAUUAAGCCGAAGGAGUUCUACGUUUUGGAAUAUUUCCUCUACGAAUUGCGUCCCUUUGGUGUGGGCAAUGUGGCCGACACUCUGCCUGCGAAAGCCAACAUGUCGGCGCUGAUGAAGAAAUGGCAACACGAAUUGUCCAAUAACAUUUUCAAGGAUGAGGAUUAGUUACAAAGUCAUUUAUUUAAUCUUAAGUUGAAUAGCUAUAAAAACAAUUAGCAGCUGUCAGUUUUGUAUACCUUUUUGUACCUUAUUUUA